GCUCCUCCCCCCGGAACACGGAGGCUCCGAGCCCGGUGCUAUCCGGCAGCAAGGCCGGCUCGUCCUCCAGGCUUUCAUGGCACCGCCGGUACUUGCUCGCCGUGGGGGUGUGCCAGCCGUGCCUGCCUGCGAGCCCGCCUUUGCUGGCUGACGAGGGGCGAGGCAAGUGCCCGUCGAGAGCAGCGGGCCAGCAUGGCGCUGGCAGGUGCCCUGGGGCGGCUGCAGGAGGAGGCCACCUGCCCCAUCUGCCUGGAGUACAUGAACGAGCCGGUCAGCAUCGACUGCGGCCACAACUUUUGCCGGGGCUGCAUCGCCAAGCACUGCCAGGACAAGGGGCUGUGGGCCGACGGGCCCUUCUCCUGCCCGCAGUGCCGGGCCUCCUGCCACCGCAGCGGCUUCAGACCCAACCGGCAGCUAGCCAACAUUGUGGAGAGCAUCCGGCAGCUGGGGCCCGAGCUGGAGCCGGGGGUCCCCCUGUGCCCCCAGCACGACGAGCGCCUGAAGCUGUUCUGCGAGGAGGAUGAGGAGCCCAUCUGCGUGGUGUGCCGGGAGUCCGUGCAGCACCGCCCGCACACCGUGUACCCCAUCGAGGAGGCGGUGCACGUCUACAAGGUCAAACUCCAGAAAUCCCUGGAGAACCUUUCACAGGAAGUGGAGGAGGUCAAGAAGCGUGAGUCAGCAGAAAGGAUGAAAACCCAGGAGUGCAAGGAGACAGUAAAGAAAAAGCGGGAGAGGAUUGUAAGUGAGUUUGGGAAGCUGCAUCGGCUGCUGGCUGAUGAGGAGAAGCUACUGCUCCAGAAGCUGGAGGAGGAAGAAAAGCAGAUUCUGCUUCUGAUCAACGAAAACCUGGCCAGGCUAUUGGAGGAGAAGUGCUUGCUGGAGGAGCUGAUCCUGGAGAUAAAGGAGAAGAGCCAGCAGCCAGCUGAUGGGCUGCUCAAGGACAUGAAAAGCAUCUUGACCAGGUGUGAAGGGGUAAAGUUCCAAUCCACCAAGGGUGUGUCUGUGACCCUGAAGGAAAACUACAGCAUUCCUGAGCGCUGCCUGGGCAUGAGGGACAUGCUGAAGAGGUUCAAAGUGGACGUGAUUCUGGACCCAGAGACGGCGCACCCAGACCUCACUGUCUCUGAGGACCGCAAGAGUGUCCGGCGUGGGAGCAAGAAGCUGCUUCUGUCCCUCUUUGACAACCCCAAGAGGUUUGGCACUGCCCCAGUGGUGCUGGGCAGUCCGGGCUUCUUCUCGGGCCGCCACUACUGGGAGGUGCAGGUGGGAGACAAGCCCGAGUGGGGCCUGGGGCUGUGCCGGGAGGCUGCUGUCCGGAAAGGCUCUGUCCUCUUCUCCCCCAACAAUGGCUACUGGGUGCUGCAGCUGCAAAACGGGGGCACCUACGAGGCCCUGACUGUACCCGUCUGCCCCCUGACCCUGAGCGUGAGACCCCGGCGCAUUGGGAUCUUCCUGGACUAUGAGGCAGGAGAGAUCUCCUUCUACAACGUAAGCGACCGCUCCCACAUUUACACCUUCACUGACAAAUUCUCAGGCAAUCUCCGGCCCCUUUUUUUCCUUGGUGCCUUUUUGGGGGGUAGAAAUGCAGAACCCUUGGUGAUCUCCUGGGUCAGGGACCCACAGGGGACUGGAUGCAUCAUUCUGUGAGAGUGGCUGCCCUGGUUUGUCACUGAUGGGCAGAGACCUGGGAACACAACCAGCUUCUCCCCAUGAGUGGGGCACUACUAGGGAAAAACCUCAGUGCCCUGGUGAGUGUCCUCGCAGGAUUCUCACAUGGUUCUGGCUUCUGUGUGAUCUGGCACACAGACAUCCACUGUGUGCCAUGUCUUGGGAAGGCACUUUGCACUCCCCCUGAUCCCUCCCAGCCCCACCUGAGCCUCCUCUCCCUGCUCCCCAUCCACCCUCUGUGUCAGCUCAAGGUCGUGCCUCCCCCGAGCUGCCUCCUGCUCUGCUCCCCUGUGUCCCAUAGGUGUUUAUAUUUGAAAUCUCAAAUCAGUAUGAAAAUGCAGUGGAGUGAGCUGAGCAUUUUUGUGUGGACUGCACCAGAGAGCCAGGCAGGAUGAACCCAAAUCCUCCUUGCUGAUCCAACAGAGCCUGUUCAGAGCAGAUCACAGCAUUCCAAAUACCAUCAGCGGUGUGGGAAAUGCCAUCAGGGAUGUGGGAAAUAACUUCACUAAAGUGGGCUCCAUCUCUUUCAGCUCCAGAAGGAGACAUGGGGAGAUAUUUCCUUGCAGGGGCAGGUCCUGCCCUGGGCUGGGGUCUGGUAUGGUCAUCUCUGAACAGGCAUGUCCAGAGACAAGCAGGUUUUGGAGUCAAGGUAUUACUGAGAGGAAAUACCUGCUAAGCUUCAUGUCCCAGCUAAAUGAGAGCUUAAUGAGAUAAUUCUAAAAUACUUGCAGUGAAACAUAUUUUUUUCACCCUCAGCUCUGGAAACAGCUGAGCCAUUUUAGCUAUAGCUCUCAGAAAGCUUUCCCUAAAACAGACAAUGUGUUAAAUUACCUAAAGGUAAUAUUUUGAUUGGCUAUAAUGGAGCCAGCAUCAGAAUUUAAUGAGCUUCCAGUUGUCAUAAUGAAUGGAGAUUAAAUACCUUAUAAAAAGCUUGAGACAAAUUACCUGAAUGUAAUUUCUACCCUUCUCACGACUCCUCUUUCAUGGCUUUUCUUGUUAUUUGCAAAACAGGAUGUUCAGUUACAGAAAGCUUAUAGGAGUUUUGCCAAUGUGGAAAAGGAAAUAAAGAACUUGUUGUCACUAUUAUAA